AUGGCUUCUUCUUCUAUAAAGGAAGUUUGCAAUUCUGUUAUCACAAAGUUGCUUGAAACUCAUAAUUCCGAUUCAAACACGGAAAAAAAUGAUUUUAUACAUUGUGACAAGGCCACCAUUUAUUUACUUUAUCAAUGCCUCAAAGAGGUAUCUCACGUAGCUUCUGAAGAAAUUCCCAUGAUUUUAGUAAAAGCAACUUCAUUGGUUGAUUACGCCGUAGAAAAGCUACACGCAUAUCCAUACAAAGAUGUGCCGAUUUCUUGGAGACGGUUACAUACCGACGCCAGUCUACUAAAAAGUGUGUGUGAAAUUUUUUUAGUACUAAAUGUCAAGGAUAAAAAUUCCUGGAAACAAGUUAUAAAAACUUUAGAUAUGGCUUUAGUAAUGACUGGUGCACCUGGGAAUAAUAGGAAAGAAAUGCUUUUUAAUCUUAUUGAAGAAACUGAGAAAAUUUUAAGAGAACUUGAACAAAUAAAUGAUCAUUCGACCGUUCAAGUCACUUCACUUAAACGUACUAUAGAUGGUAAUUCUAUAAAAAAUAUACCUCAUAAAAAGUCCAAAGCUAAAGUGACCAAAGUCCAUAGCAUCCCAAUGAUAAAUAAUCCGUUGCCCAAAAUAUCACAACCUAGUUUAACUACAUUCGCAUCGCAUGUUACGUCAACAAACCCUACUCCUUUUAUAAUUUACUCCUGUAUAUCGCAUUGGCCCGCACUUUCGACAAGGCCCUGGAGUAAUCUCGAUUAUCUUUUAAAUAUAAUUGGAAAAGAACGAAUAGUCCCCAUAGAAAUUGGUGCUAAGUAUACUGAUGAAACAUGGACACAAAAAUUAAUGAAUUUUGGUGAAUUUAUUGAAAAUUGGGUUAAAAAUUCUGAUAAUGAUGAUGAUAAUAUUGCUUAUUUAGCACAGCAUGACUUAUUCGCGCAAAUUCCGCGUCUAAAAGAUGAUAUUGUGAUUCCUGAUUAUUGCUUUGUAGAUACUAAACCAUUUAUUAUAGGCAUUGGGGAAGAUGGUGAUUCUAGUUCCGAAAAUAUGCAAUAUUUUCCACCUCAAGAAGUUAUUACAAAUGCAUGGUUUGGUCCCAAGGGCACUAUCUCACCAAUGCACACAGAUCCAUAUCAUAACCUUUUGGCACAAGUUGUUGGACAAAAGUAUAUUAGAUUAUAUUCACCAAUUGAAACAUCUAAAUUAUAUCCUUUUGAACAGGAUGGUUUGUUAGGUAACACAAGCCAGGUCGAAGUAGAAAGUCCUGAUCUUAACCAAUUUCCAUUAUUUUCCUCUGCACUAUAUCAAGAAUGUAUUUUGAAACCUGGUGAAUUAUUAUACAUUCCUGUGAGUAAUCAUUUAUUCUGUCUUUUAUAA